UUGCACUGCAAUACGAUGGAUAUGAGAGAUUUAAUAUUUUUGGUGACGUCACAUGAAAUCCGCUGAGCAUGCACGCCGCGUUAUGCUUUUUCCAAGAACUACUUGUAUACGAUCUAUCGUGCACCAAUCUGAUCAGGAAUUCUUGUGAUCCACAACUUAAGUUUACAGCAAAAAACCAAAGCAAAGCUUCACAAGACCAAAUAGAGAUCCGUCGAUCUGUUGAAACCUAUUUUAUUUGACGAACACACAAGGGAUGGAGUAUUGGUUCCCAUCAUUGUUUCCAUCUACACCCGAACCACCGCCUCCAAAACCACCACCUCCAAAACCACCUGCAUUCCUAGACGAGCCGUGGAGACAAAUCGAGGGAUGGGAUAAAAGCACGAGAAAAGAGAUGAGGUCCAAGAUUGUGGAUCUUAAACCAGAGCAGUUUGAUGUGCAGACAUUCAAUAUUAUUCUCACUGGGCAAAUCGGAGCAGGAAAGUCUUGCUUUUACAACAGUAUUAACAGCGCCCUUAGCGGCUGUAUCCGUCCUUUUACAGCAGCUUCCGGGAAAACUGGGCAAAGUUUUACUAAAGAGUUCAACAUGUAUCCAUUCAGACACAACCCCAACAUCAGGAUCGGCGACAUUAUGGGUAUGGAUGUAAACGGCAGUGAUGUUGAUAUCAGGAAUAUACUGAAAGUAGUUGAUGGACAUGUACUGAAUGGUUAUCAGUUUCACUCUGGCGAAGAAUUCAAAUCAACUGACAACCCGAAGUACAUUCCAUGCCCUUCACUUGCGGAAAGACCUCACUGUGUAGGUCUUGUGAUCAAUGCACAUGAUUUCUCAAACAUCUUGGGUGCCCAGGAGCGUAACCUGCAUAGAUUGUCAAAAGCCAUUAUCGAUCGAGUGCAACAAAGACCACCUACCUACAGCGCUCAAGGAAAUUCCAGGAAUCUGGCCAGUCCAAUUAAAAGGUCAACAUUGAAUUUGAAAAUGGUAGCUACAUUAGAGUACUCGACAUGGUUGAGCUAUGUUGUAGUUUCAUGGAGUAUUACAUUGGCGACGAGGAUUAAAUUCGGAACAAAGAGAUUAGAUUAGAUUAGAUUACAUGUAGAUUAGAUUACGAUUAGAUUCGAAGAAGAAAAUAUAGGAUUAAAUUCGAUGUAAAAAGAAAAGUGUCAGUGGUUCAUGAACAGCGAGUUCGUCUGGAAGUUCAAAGUUCAGCAACGUUGAUGUGCACGGUUUGCCUAAUUUCAACCAGAGAGGAGAGCCUACUACGCUAGCAAUCGAGUGGAAACGAGCAUACAAUUUGUAUUUACUGGCGAAAGGAGUCACAAAGGAUGAGCAAAAGAUUGCUUUGUUAUUGCAUAAUGGCGGUCUCGAAUUGCAAGAAGUCUACUACUCAAUUGUAACCGAAGACGAAGAGAUGUCGUAUUGUGAGUGUGUGGAAGUACUAGAUAACCAGUUCCUAAGUAAAGUGAGAGUACCGUUCGAAAGACAAUCAUUCAGGAAAAUGUAGCAACAGCCCAACGAAACCGUCGACCAAUUUGUUUGCCGUUUGACAAAAGGCGACCACGUGCGAUUUUGAAAAUGUGGAGUAUUCCAUCAGAGAUCAACUGAUUGACAAGUGUUUAGACAACGAAAUACGGAAGAAAUUGCUGGAAAACGCUGGUGAUGUCGUUCUUUCGGAGUUAUUAGACGUGGCAAGAGCUCAUGAAGCGAUAGAUUUGCAGAAUGAAAGAGAUGUCGAUUUUUGAUCACAAAAGACUGAAAAGAAGUUGUUUGCAUUUAGCCAAACAGAGCCCCUGAAUGUUCUUGGUUCAUUCACUGCUGAAAUCACUUCUGAUUGCAAUUCAAGCUGCAAUGAUAUGUUUAGUUAGAUCUCAAAUGGGGAUUUCACCAGAUUGAAUUAGAAGAUGAGUCACGUCACAUCAUAACGUUUAUAACACACCGUGGUCUACACCUAAUUGAAAAAACGUAGUCGUGUUCGAAAAGGUCACAUCAUAGAAGCUAAGACCGAAAGGGAUUUUGAGUACCACUAAAUUGGGAUUACAUUUGCAUAUAAGGUGUUUAACAUGGUGCACUGUAAAGCAACGGUCUUAGCUUCUAUGAUUUGACCUUUUUGGACCCGACAAAGUUUCUUCAAUUAGGUGUGUGCAGAUACAAGCGAUUGAUUUUUGGAAUCACAAGAAACAAGCGAUUGAUGUUUGGAAUCACAUCAGCACCGGAGAUUUACCAGAAAGUCAUAUCUGAUGUAUUACAAGGAUGUGCAGGAGCAUCCAACAUGGCUGAUGAUAUCAUUGUUUAUGGAACAGCGAUUUAGGAACAUGAMAAGAACCUCUACAAAGUCGAAUCCUGCAACGAUUGAAAGUCAAAGGUCUAACGCUGAACAGAGACAAAUGUCAACUACGUCUGCACAAGCUUACUUACUUUGGCCAUGAGCUGAGUGGAAUAGGAGUGUCUGCCAGAGAGGAAAAGGUUGCUGCGGUGGUGAAUGCAAGACCACCCCAGAACAUUGCGGAGGUGAGUUCAUUUGUUCAACAAGUUCAUGCCAGACUUUGCUACCAUUAGAACUAGCGGUAAUUAAAUUAGUGUGAGCUGCGUCGGUGUUUCUAAAGAAACAGUUGUGUAAAAAGAUAAA